GGAUGUUGGAUCCGUCUUCCAGCGAAGAUGAGUCGGAGGGGUUUCUAGAAGAGGAGAGGAGAGAGGUGUUGGUGGUCUCGGGAGGCGGAGGAGGCUCGUCUUCUGCACACAGAGUUCCGCAAGCUUCUCCCCGGGACCAUAGAGACCCUGGUGCCCGAUCUACACUGGUCAGACCUGCCAGCCCCAGCCCGUCUGUAAACAGCGAGGGGAGAGAGGAGCAGGAGCGGCUACAGCGGGAGGAGAAGGAGAGGAGGAACAGGUUGCAGCUCUAUGUCUUCGUUAUGAGGUGCAUUGCUUACCCGUUUAACGCCAAACAACCCACCGACAUGACCAGGAGACAGCAGAAGCUCAACAAGCAGCAGCUCCAGACCAUAAGAGACCGGUUCCAGGCCUUUCUUAAUGGGGAAACCCAAAUUGUCACUGAUGAAGCAUUUUGUAAUGCUGUUAGGAGUUACUGUGAGGUGUUUCUAAAAAGCGAGAGAGUUGCCCGAAUGGUACACAGUGGAGGAUGCUCUUCAAAUGAUUUCAGGGAAGUUUUUAAAAAGAACAUAGAAAAGAGAGUUCGAAGUUUGCCAGAAAUCGAUGGCUUAAGUAAGGAAACCGUCCUGAGCUCUUGGAUUGCUAAAUAUGAUGCCAUAUUCAGAGGAGAGGAGGACCUUCGCAAACAGACAAACAGAAUGGCACUAAGUGCGGUAUCAGAACUAAUACUUAGCAAAGAACAGCUUUAUGAAAUGUUUCAGCAGAUCUUGGGCAUUAAGAAGCUGGAACAUCAGUUGCUAUACAAUGCUUGUCAGCUGGAUAAUGCUGAUGAACAAGCAGCCCAGAUCAGACGAGAGCUUGAUGGGCGGUUACAAGUGGCGGAACGAAUGGCAAAGGAAAGGAAGUUUCUAAAGUUUUUAACCAAAGACAUGGAGAGCAUGUUUAUAGAGGAGCUGCGGUCUUCAGUCAAUUUAUUAAUGGCAAAUCUAGAAAGUCUUCCUGUAUCCAAAGGGGGGCCUGAGUUUAAGUUGCAGAAGUUGAAGCGCUCACAGAAUUCAGCAUUUAUGGACAUUGGAGACGAGAAUGAGGUUCAGUUAUCAAAAUCCGAUGUGGUCCUUUCAUUCACUUUAGAGAUUGUCAUCAUGGAAGUCCAAGGUUUGAAGUCUGUGGCUCCCAAUCGGAUUGUUUAUUGCACAAUGGAGGUGGAGGGAGGAGAGAAACUUCAGACGGACCAGGCUGAAGCCUCCAGACCUCAAUGGGGAACACAAGGGGACUUUACCACUACACAUCCUCGUCCCAUUGUAAAAGUAAAGCUGUUCACAGAAAGUACUGGUGUUUUGGCCCUUGAGGAUAAAGAGCUUGGUAAGGUGACAUUGACGCCAACACCAAACAGUACCAAGUUACCAGAAUUGCAUAAAAUGGUAGUUCCUAAGAACAGUCAGGACACUGAUCUGAAGAUUAAGUUGGCUGUAAGGAUGGAUAAACCACCACAUAUGAAACAUAGUGGGUAUUUAUAUGCUGUCGGACAGAAGGUUUGGAAACGAUGGAAGAGGCGUUACUUUGUUCUUGUCCAGGUCAGCCAAUACACAUUUGCGAUGUGUAGUUACAGAGAGAAGAAAGCGGAACCUCAGGAACUGAUGCAGCUUGAAGGGUACACUGUUGAUUAUACAGAUCCUCAGUCAGGUCUUCAGGGUGGUCGGUAUUUCUUUAAUGCAGUGAAAGAAGGAGACACUGUUAUAUUUGCCAGUGAUGAUGAGCAAGACAGAGUGCUGUGGGUACAAGCGAUGUAUAGAGCAACUGGACAGUCUUACAAGCCAGUUUCCAACCAGGCAACGAAGCUUAAUCUCAAAGUGCAGAAUACCCAGAUCGACACUCCUCAGACUUAUACGGACCGAACUCAGCGACAUGGAAUGGAUGAGUUUAUUUCUGCUAAUCCCUGCAGAUUUGACCAUUCCUCCCUCUUUAAAGUUCUCCAGCAGCAGACACUGGAGCACCGAUUAAAUGAUUCCUAUUCUUGUCUGGGUUGGUUCAGUCCUGGCCAGGUAUUUGUGUUGGAUGAGUACUGUGCUCGAUAUGGUGUUCGUGGCUGUCAUCGUCAUCUCUCCUACCUGAAAGAAUUAAUUAACCAUGCUGAGUCUGGGGCUGUGAUUGACCCUACACUACUUCAUUACAGUUUUGCAUUCUGUGCAUCUCAUGUUCAUGGAAACAGGCCCGAUGGAAUUGGAACAGUUACAGUAGAAGAAAAAGAGCAAUUUGAAGAGAUUAAAGAACGUCUCACAUUGCUUUUAGAGAAUCAAAUAAGUCAUUUCAGGUACUGUUUUCCCUUUGGAAGACCAGAAGGUGCAUUGAAAGCAACACUCUCCUUGCUUGAAAGGGUGCUUAUGAAAGAUAUAGCAACACCUAUUCCUCCCGAAGAAGUGAAGAAAGUUAUUAGAAGGUGCCUUGAGAAAGCUGCCCUGAUAAAUUAUACCCGUCUUACAGAAUAUGCCAAAAUAGAAGCAGCCGACAAGGAAUCAGAGAGUAUGACUCAAGAAUGUCCUUCGAAAAAGCUAGAAGAUGUUCUCCACCUUGCUGAGCUUUGCGUUGAGGUUCUACAGCAGAACGAGGAGCAUCAUUCUGAUGCUUUCUCAUCUUGGCCGGACUUAAUGGCUGAACAUGCAGAGAUAUUUUGGUCUCUGUUUUCAGUCGACAUGAAUUCUGCGUUAGAAGUACAGCCGCAAGAUUCAUGGGACAGUUUUCCUCUUUUCCAGCUGCUAAAUAACUUUCUGCGAAAUGAUGCUCUCCUAUGCAAUGGGAAGUUUCACAAACAUCUUCAGGAAUGCUUUGUGCCCCUUGUCAUCCGUUAUAUUGACCUCAUGGAGUCCUCAAUUGCUCAGUCCAUUCACAAGGGCUUUGAGCAGGAGACAUGGCAACCAGUCAAAAGUAUUACCAACAGUCUUCCUAGUGUACCUCUUCCAAAAGUCCCAAGUUUGGCUCUUAAUCUUCCACAAAUACCUAGCUUUUCAGCACCAUCCUGGAUGACAUCUUUAUACGAAUCCACAAAUGGGUCUUUGACCUCAGAAGACUUGUUUUGGAAACUGGAUGCAUUGCAAGAUUUUAUUCAUGACCUUCACUGGCCAGAACCUGAAUUUGCCAACCACUUGGAGCAGAGGCUUAAACUUAUGGCCAGUGAUAUGAUAGAAGCCUGUGUGAAAAGGACCCGAAUGGCAUUUGAGCUUAAGUUGCAGAGGGCAAAUAAAUCUACAGACUUUCGCAUCCCUUCAUCUGUAUGUACAAUGUUUAAUGUACUGGUGGAUGCAAAAAACCAAUGCAGUAAGCUCUGUGUUCUAGAUGGGGGACAAGAGUUUUCUAUGCAGUGGCAACAGUACCAUUCUAAAAUAGAUGACUUAAUUGAGGAGACUGUUACAGAAAUAAUAUCACUCCUGGUUUCCAAGUUUGUUUCGGUGCUGGACGGUGUGUUAUCUAAGCUGGCGCGAUAUGACGAAGGCACUUUCUUCUCCUCUAUACUUACUUUCACUGUGAAAGCUGCUUCAAAGUAUGUGGAAGUGCCUAAACCAGGACUAGACCUUGCUGACACAUACAUAGCAUUUGUACGCCAAAAUCAGGAUAUUUUACGGGAAAAGGUCAAUGAGGAAAUGUACACAGAAAAGCUGUUUGAUCAAUGGUACAGCAUGUCAGUGAAAGUCAUGUGCGUGUGGUUGGCUGACAGAAUAGACCUUCAGCUUCAUGUUUACCAGCUGAAAACCAUCAUUAAGAUUUUAAAGAAAACCUACAGGGACUUCAGGCUCCAAGGUGUUCUUGAAAGCACACUCAACAACAAAAAUUACCAGACCCUUUACAGCCGCCUAUCAAUGGAAGAAGCAACAGUUUCUGAUGGAGAUAGAGGAGGACUGCAGGGAAUCACCAUGAAAGACAGCGACGAUGAAAACGAUUGAUACCACACUUUUGUUACUUAGCAAAUGUUGGAGCCUUUGUUCAUUUUAUAAAUAUGUUCAUUUAUUUUUAAUGAUUAUAGCCGUCAACCUUUAUUUAUAAUCAGUACAUACAUAUGUGAUGCAUAGAAAUUCUGUCACGUGCACAUACCUUUUUGUUAAUGUAUCAUUAUAUAUUUCCAUAAUAAAGAGUGUCUCUAAAUCCA